CAGCCAGGGCGCAUAGAGCCCAGGGAGGGGGGGUGACCGGGGCGCAAGGCUUGUGAACGGCCGGCCGAUCCAGCUGCACUCUCUCCUCUCUGCUGCUGCUGCCUCGGGGGGAAUUACAUUAUUUCAAAACAACCACACAAGAGGAGGUGUACUGCUGAAUAAAGGGCUGCUGACAGAGAGGGGUAAGAACAUGACGACCGAGUUUUGGGGCCCGCUGUAAGGACAGGAAAGAAGGCGAUAUGGCAGUGCAUGUUUUCAAAUGCCUGCGCCGGCCCGGGCGAUAGAACAACCAACAGGCGUCUGUGGUUUCUGUGUGUCUUUGAGACUGAGUGUGUAGGGCCACCCAGUGUUUUGACAGAAGAGUUAUGGAAUAUGAGGAGCCCGACGUGCCCCCCGCUGACAACCCCAUUAAAAGAGGAGGAGCCGUGUUCAAGAAGACUCAUUUGACUCAGAUUGAAGUUAUCCCGUGUAAGAUCUGCGGUGAUAAAUCCUCUGGAGUGCAUUAUGGAGUCAUCACUUGUGAGGGCUGCAAGGGAUUUUUCCGGCGUAGCCAGCUGCCUACUGUAUCCUACUCCUGCUCCAGGCAGAACAAUUGUCAGAUCGACCGGGCCAGCCGCAACCGCUGCCAACACUGCCGCCUGCAGAAGUGCUUAGACCAGGGCAUGAGCAGAGAUGCGGUUAAGUUCGGACGGAUGUCCAAACGUCAGCGGGACUCUCUGAUCGCUGAAGUGGAGAGGCACCGACAGCAGCAGCAGCAGCAGCAGCAGCAGCAGCAGCAGCUUCAGGGAGACGCCCAGUCUCUCUUGUCCUUCCCCACCAAGGCUCGUCAAGACUGCUCCCCACAGCUCCUUCAGCCCAUGGCCUCAGCCUACUCCUUCACCGGGGGGGCCGAGCUGCUGUCCUACACCGCUGAUGUUCACCCUUACCUGGUGUGCUCCCCGAACGAGACGCAGGUGUCGGGUAUGAUCUACCGAGGCUCAGGUGUGUCUCCCACAUCGAGAUCCCAGGGAAGGGGGGACAACAGCGGACACCCCGACAUAAGAGAAUUUGACUCCAGACAGCCAUCUCAUGAUCUGGUGACGAUUCACCCCUACAAUCCUCUGGAGGAUCCUUACAGCCUCUAUCCUCACUCUCUGAGAAACAUAGAUGAGCUGUGUGCCAGCAUUGUGCGUUCCCACAGAGAGACCAGCAAGUACAGAAUGGAGGAGCUGCAAGCUCUCAGAUGGAAACUGUUUAGCAGAGAGGAGAUCCAAGCCUACCAGAGCAAAUCAGUGGAUGAUAUGUGGCAGCACUGCGCCAUCCGACUGACUGAUGCCGUGCAGUAUGUUGUGGAGUUCGCAAAACACAUCCCAGGCUUCCGUAUGCUCAGCCAGAACGACCAGAUUGCUCUCCUGAAGACUGGCUCCAUGGAGGUGGUUUUGGUCAGGAUGAGCCGCUUCUUCAACACAGAGAACAACACAGUCUUCUUCGAUGGGAAAUUUGCUGGAGCUGAAGUCUUCAAGUCUUUGGCAUGUGGUGAUUUAAUCACAGCGGUGUUUGACUUUGCUCACGGUAUGUGUGCUCUAAAGCUCACCGAUCAGCAGAUCGCUCUCUUCAGUGCUCUGGUGCUGAUCAACACAGAUCGUCCAUGUUUGGAGGAUAGAGGAAAAGUUCAGCGAGUGCAAAGAAGCGUGGAGUUUGGACUCACACACAUUCUACACCGAGACAACCAAGAAAGUCUAUUGCACAAGCUGUACCAGAGGAUGGCAGUGUUGCGUUCACUGUGCAGUCUGCACAUGGAGAAGCUGCGCUGGUUCAGUCAGCGUUACCCGCUCACUGCUCACUCUCUUUUCCCUCCGCUCUACAAGGAGCUGUUCGCCUCUGAGGCAGAGCUGCUGCCGGGAACCAUUCACUGAUGAUUCACUAGAAUAUGCAAAGACACACAUUCACACAUUAUUUCAAGUCUCAUAAUUACUUCCUGACAGAAUCUAUUUUUCUAAUAAUGACAAUAAAUGAGAAAAGCACAGUAAUCAUAGCGUGUUAAGUAUUACAUGAAUUCCAGCAGAGCUUUUUUGGUAGAUUGUGUCAACAUACAUUUCAAUAUUUUGAUAGCUUAAAACUAUUUUGAUUAUUCCAGGGAAAUUGUUGUUCUUUGACAGCACAUUGCCAGUGAGGUACGGUAUUCAUUUUCUCUCAGGAUGUGCCCUUGUGAGUCACAGUUACUGUGUGUCACAGUGCGUCAGACAUAGAGAUUCAAAGAGGCAGGACACAAUCGUUGUCAACUGAAACUUAAAAAGGUAGUCCAACCAAAAUCUAUCUUUAGAGUAUAAAACAAAUAUAUACAGUACAAAUAGAAAAAUAAAAUAGAUAUAGAUAUAUUGCAUAAUACAUUCUCCCUUCAAAACAGGAAAUAUUGGGUGUAUGUUAUUUACAUAUUCAGUGUUAAACACACCCAGAAAACAAGAGACAACCUGCUUCUUUGUAUCUGUACGUCUGUAGAGAAAUGUCUCUCCUCAGGUUGAUAAGUCCUACAAAGCAGCAGUACCUCUCAAAUGUUAUCCUUUGUGUUUAAAUAAAUCCUCACAGGCUUGUAUGUCUUUUGAGCUUGAAAAUAUGUUGCAUUAAAUGUAGAAAUUGAAUUUAAAGUGUGAGAGGUACAGUAGAAGUCUCUUCCUCUGUGUGCAAACUUUUCCUUUUUUUUCAGAUUAAGUUACAUAUUGUAUGUUUUGUUUUGUUUACAUAUCUUUGACUAAAGCCAUAAGUAAAGAUAUAAUGAUGAGAGGUUUCAGCAUUAAGUACUGUAUGUCCGGAUGUAGUCCUCUCUGUUCCUGGAACAGCUGAAAUUAUGAUGAAGAUAAUUCCAUGUAAAUCUUCUAAUAAACGAGGCUGUGAAACCAAGUA